AUGUUGCUAGAUACCCUUGAUUUACAAGACCACUCCUCGCCGUCUGCCAAAGACCACUCGAGACAACCCGCACACCCUUCACCAUAUGGUUAUGGUCCCGCCGCUCCACAUCAAGCCCAGGCUUUGAGACAUGCCGAGCAAGAGUCAUAUCAGGAGCAACAUACAAGUCCAAGAGCCUCGGAAGAGAGAGCCAAUGGCGGUUUCCAACAGUCGGAGCAACAUUUCUAUGACGAUCUAGACGACGACCGAGACGAUGAACAUCCAAACACCCAAAAUGCGACGAAUGGAGCUGGAUACCAUGGGCAGGACCUGCACGAAGGGGAUGGUGGUGACUCCCAGGACGAGGACAUGGACGACGACUUGAUGGACAAAAUCUCGAGCUCCCCUUCAAUUGAAGAUGGUAAAUACUCCCUUCCCCCUUGGCCGCCCCGGGUCGAUUCUGUGGAUUUUGAAGCUUCCCCGGCUUCACUAUCGACGCCGACUCGAGGCGAUUCCUUAUCUUCGUCACCAUUCUCUUCUACCCCCGAGCAUUUCCCUUUGCACCCUUCGCAAUCGUGUCACGUCGCAAGUCAUCAUGGUGAGUACGUCCAGAGUCUGGGUCAAGCGACAUCAAGCCGGGACCUUGUGGAUGAGCGGGUCGAACCUCUUAAGAUCUCGUCAACUAUGCUGGGACUGGGCCUGCCAGCACAGCAGACCUGCAUUCCACUGUCCGAAUCUCAGGAAUUUAGGCGGUACUUGUUGCCGCUCGACGACCCUCUCUUGGCCUGCACGGUCGAGGACUACGAGGACGAUUUUCUCUACGAUGAGGAUGACGAAUGGGAAGACGAAGACUCUUGCCUUCCCGGGCUCGAGGAAAGUUCUGAUGAUGACACCGACGAUUUUCAAUUUUCUGUCAACGAACGCUUCAUCGACUCUGGUUGGGGAGGAGAAUGCUUACGAGAAAUAGAGGAUAUCGACUUCGAGUUUGUGUAUGCGCUCCACACUUUUGUCGCGACGGUUGAGGGCCAGGCCAACGCCACUAAAGGCGACACCAUGGUGUUGCUUGAUGAUAGCAACAGUUAUUGGUGGCUUGUUCGGGUCGUGAAAGACAGCAGCAUCGGUUACCUACCCGCCGAACAUAUUGAAACACCGACCGAACGACUAGCCCGACUCAACAAGCACAGAAAUGUGGAUUUGUCGGCGCAAAUGUUAGGGGAUAACCCCGAAAAAUCGAAGAAUCCGCUGAAAAAGGCGAUGCGUCGACGGAACGCCAAAACAGUCCAAUUUGCGCCUCCCACUUAUUACGAGCCUUCAGACUAUGAGUACUCUGACGAGGAGGAAGAAGGCGAGGACGGUCAGCUCGACCAGAUUGGGAUGGACGCUUCUGACGAUGGCGAUCACGCCGAAGAUCAACAAGAGGCUUCUGCGGCUUCGGCUGAGACUCAGGAACCGCGAGAAGGCGUUGCUGUCAAUGGUAUUCAGCGGGUGACCAGUAACGACAGCUUGAAGAAUGAGACAGAAUCAAGCCCCGUUAAGGUUCAACAGCCACAAUCCAGCUCAGAGCCGCGGCAAACGGACGAACUUGUCAAGCGGUCGAGGAAAGGGGUCGUCAGAAACACCGACUCGUUUUUCAAGGACGACUCGGUCGAGACGAAAAAGAUCUCGCUAACACCGCGGUUACUGCGAGGUGAUUCCGACUCUGGUGGGUCCGCAGAACAGGAAGUCCGCGAACGUCCAAGCCUAGAGACCUUCGAUAAAAUGGUCGGCGUGGAUGACAAGUCAAAGGAGAAAAAGAAGGAGAAAAAGGGUAUGCUCAGCGGGCUCUUCAAGCGGAAGAAGGGCACGCAACAGGAAGAGAGCGAAAAGAUUUUGGAAGAUCCUCGUCAAUCUCCAGGAUCAAAAGACUCUUUGGAGUCCUUGACCAUGAAGCCCGACUCUGGCCCUGAACGCAGGCCGAGCAAAUUGCAAAAGACGCCGCCAGGCACGUCACCGAAGGCGUCGCCCACCGAAGCACGACCUCCGCAACAGUCACUCGGACAAGCACCUCCAGCCCCGACGGGGCCGGCGCCUGAACCACCAACGGUGCGCAGAGUCGAGUCAGAGGGUCAGCAGCCCGAUGCGUCGGUGCAAUCCCAGCCCGCACAAGUCAACCGCUUCCCUUCUCUUACCGAAAAGAGAAAUAUAUUCGCGCCAGUCGCAACAGCUCUCAAGUCUACUCCUUCAAUGAGUUCAGACAGUGGAUCCUCCAUCAAGCCAAUCUAUACGAAGCGGACAAAGGAGCGCUUUGCAAUAGAUGAAAGUGAUUCAGAGACAGAUGACAAGGAUGCAAAAGUGGAUGAACGAGGUCGCCAAAGCGUUUCGCCUGUUACAGAGUUGCAGGCGCAGCAGCCUCGGUCAGACUCGGCUGCACAAAUUUCAACUGCUGCAGCCAUAGUACCUGGGAAAUUCGGGGACAAUAAAUUCCAGGCUCAGCCGCCGGCAGUUUCGAGUUCGUCCCCGCUACCACAGGAGAAUAAUCCAUCAGAGUCGGAAGGGACUGCUAGCACUUCGAAGCCCUCGCCUUCGACUACAACACAUACACCGUCAACUUCUCGGUCGACACCGACGUGGUCAGACGCGUCGUUAAGAUCAUACAUGGAAAACAGCCAAGACAUCAAAGACCUUUUGAUCAUUGUGCACGACAAAUCGAAUGUGACUCCAGUGGGCCCGGACCAUCCCUUGAUGCACAAUCUCUUCUUGGAUGAGCGGACGAAGCUGGCUGAGAUGCAGUCACAGCUUGACACGAUGCUGAUGUCCUGGAUAUCGAAGAAGAAUGCGACCGUAAUGCCUCCAACGACUUGA